CUGCAGUAUGAUCAGCUUGGUCAUCUUGAGAUCAGGGUUGUAUCUUGUUGGAACACUGCAGCCAUGCUUGUGCCUGAGAUUUCUGCCACAAAGUCCAAGCAUUUCAAACCUUGGAUACAUGGAAAAAUUUCUAGACAACAUGGGAAUGUCAUCCAGAGGUAAAACUAAUACUGUUGGUAACCUACAACGUCUUGGCAGCUGCUUGCCCACUUCUGGUCUAUCCUCCUCAAGGUAUUCACCCCUGGGGAAAAGCUGAGUUUGUGUGGCUUUACAAUGGUUAUGUUUAAAAGGGUUUUAAAACCCCACACUUCUCUAGUGAGAUGAAAUGCCUACAUGGUUCCUGCUCCCUGAUGUUGUCAGUAAUUUGGGAUCUUAAAACAGUUUGUGAUGCAGUCUGUAUUUAGUCUAAGCAGGGGAACUGCCUGCAACUUUCUUAUCUUUAAAGAGCAAUUUCUGGAUAGGAGUUUGAACAGGAGAUGAUUUGGCAUUCUGGGAUGUUGAAACUGGAGGCGGGAGGGCUGCAGAGAGUGCAAGUCAGCAAAAUCCACAGGGGGCUUUCCAGGGAAAGGGGAAAUGCUGCUGGAAGAGGUUCAGAGAUCAAGUGGCUCAGUGCUUUCUCCUGAGGCAGCAGAUGGGGUGGUUUGGGCUUUUGGAAGUGAAUAAAUCCUCCUACAGGGCCACUUUAUCAUAGUGUCACUUCCCUCCCCAGCCCUUUCCUCUGUUCCCCAAUCUCAUUUACACAAAAGAGAGAACAGGCUCUGGCCUUUUAGCUUUGGCAUUAUGCCAUGAUCCAGCCUUUUGCAGGCUGUUUGUGUGCUGUUUUCCAUUCAAGCUGGGGUCAGAGCAUAGACAUUCAGCAGGGUUUUCUUUAGAUGAGGAAGGCAAUAGUUUCACAGCUUUGAGGAUCACUGGCAGUAAUGUUAAUCAAGAUUGAGGUUUAAUAUCUUUUUAACUGUUUUUAGACUGUUGGAGUGAAGCCUGCACAGCACCAACUUGAGCCAGGCUUUAGCCUAAAGUUGCAUGGGAAGUCACACUACAGGAAAAGCCCUCACUGCAGAAAAGCAAUGGAGGAACCGCUUCCCAUCCCUUCCCUUGCGCAUCUGUGGGCAAUGUGAGAACCCGCUGCUAACCACAAGGUAACAGAUGGCCGGAGCAUCCCGGUGCCCAUGGAACAAUGUCGCAUGGGUCCCGGCAUGUGCCCCGGCAGCGCCCAGCGCCAUUGUCCCAGCCGGCCGUGAAAUCCCGAUUCCACGCCGAGGAGCUGCUGCAAGGAGCCUCUCCGGCUCUGACCUGCCAGCGAGCAGCUCCCUGUGUCCCUAUGGAAAUAGGGAGAGAGCAAUGCAUAUAGAAAUGUCAUUAUUGGUAGGCUUUUGGCGUGGUAAUUGCAGCGCCUUGUGCGCGGACCCCUGAAAGGUCAUCGUGACAGCAAAAGUUAAGCCAUUGAGUCUCCAUCAGUCAUUCAGCGUUGGCUUUGAUGGUGUCGAUACCAUCAAGUGCCGUGAGGACCCACUGUGAGUCGCUUUGUGGAGGCGAAGGGGGGCUGCGUGGCCCUGGGAUGGAGGCGGGCGGUGGCCAGGCCUCCCCCUCCCCUCGGCGGCCCGGCGGGUGUCCGUGUGUCUGUCCCAUCCCAUCCCCUCCUCUCCCCUCAGGCGCUUAUAGCCCGGCCUGCGCCCGCCCGCGCCUCUCUGUGCCCGCCAUGGCGGCGGCGCGGGGCCCGCCCGCCCUCAUCGCCCUGCGGCUGCUGCUGCUGCUGCUGGCGGGCGGCGGGCAGCGAGCGGGCCGGGCCGACCGCUGCAGCUGGAGGGGCAGCGGUUUGAGCUGGGAGCCCCGUUCCCGCGCGGUGGAGCAGGUUCAUCUGCGCUGCACUGAGGGUUCCCUGGAGUGGAUGUACCCCGCACGAGCCCUGCGUGUCGUUCUGGAGCCCAACCUCUCCAGUGCCCGCCACACCACUGUCUGCAUCAAGCCUGCCAGUGACUUCCAGGGUGCCAGCAUCUAUGUGGAACGUGCUGGGCAGCUGCAUCUGGUGGCCAGCCCGCAGAGGGACAUCAGCCGCCGGAUGGCCAGCUUCCAGUAUGAGCUGCUGAGCAACCAGAGCGCUGCGAGCCCCGACUUCAAAAAGAUGGCACUGGUCGAAGCUAUGUGCCGUCCUUGUGACAACAUGGAGCUUCUCAUGGCCAUUUGCAGCAGUGACUUUGUGGUGAAAGGAUCUAUCCGAAAUGUUUCCCACGAUUCAGAGAACCACAUGUCACAGGUUGAUGUCAGCGUCCACAAAGUCUACAGGCAGAAAAACAGGAUUUUCCAGCAGGAUGAAGCAAGUGGUGAAUGGCGAGGCCCUAUCCGGACCCUGCUGCAAUGCAAGGUGAAGAAGGGAGGUGGAGAUUUCCUUUUCACUGGAAAUGAACACUUUGGUGAAGCUUGGCUGGGCUGUGCUCCUCGGUUUAAAGAUUUCAUGUUCAUUUACUGGGCUGCAAGGGAAAGAGGAGCCAACCCAUGUGAGUUCCAGCUCAACUGAAGGGAGUGACACCGGAGUUGAGACUUCAGAAAUUUCAGCCCAGUUUUUGAUACCGAGUCUGAAGUAGAUUACACCCAAAGACUAAAGCUAACAAUUUCACCAAAACUGGGGCCUGGAGAAUCUCCUGAAGAUAAUGGCUCUGUGAGCGCUGUAAACUUUGACUUUUAGUCCACAUUUUCAUUAGUUUCAUUAGUUUCUUCUUUGCAUCUUCUUGACAUCCCAAAGUAACUCUGAAUUUUGAAAAGGUUGUCUUUUGUUGUGGUUAGAAAGCAGCCUGUGCUCAGUAUUAUAAAAUUCUCUCAACAUCUUUUGCUCCGCGUACAUGCUGUGUGCUUUUUCUCUAGAUUUUUUUCUCUUUUCUCCCAUAUCUACUUGAUUUCCUUUCUUAUUUCUUUUGGUUUUACUCUUUAAUGAAUGUUAACUCUAGUUGUAGCCUUAGUUACUAAACCUUCAGGCAGUUGGCAGGUUUGCUAGGUUUUUUGCCUGCUGUGGGUUAGCAGAGAGAUUAACUAACCCUCUGGGGCCCAGUCACAGCUGAAGUAAUUCUGCAGCACCCUGUUGAUUUCUGCACAGUUGACAGCAUCUGAUUUUGCUCCAUGCAGACAGGCCAGUGAGGGAUACUGCACUUUAGCCAAUGGGAACACUAACACUGUACUGUUCCUGUAAAAGUCAGUUGGAGAAACUCUCUAAGACUCAAUGUGGAGUUUCAGAAAGCAGCAUUCUUUGUUGCAGCACUUGGGCGCAAAUGUGAAUCACUUCGCAAAGGUGAGCGUGCCUGAUAAUUGCCAACAGCAGCUACAUGUAUUUAGCAUCCUCAUGCGUAUUCAUAGCUUUUCCAGGAACUAAUUGUAGUAUUUGCAUCCUAAUUACACAUGUGCUUUCUUGCUGAGUGGGGGUCUUUGGUGGUCGUCCAUAGUCUUCCUCACUGUGUUUACUGAAUGACCUCAGGGCUUGCUCAUGCUUGCAAGGUCCUAGUGCUGAGUUAGCAUUUGGUAUGUUCUUGCUUCUGUUCUGUUCCAGUCUCGCUCCACGCUGGGCGCCACUUUGCUGUCUUGAAGGCUGGCAUCCUUUGCCUCAUUUACAUCAUCUUAGUUGUUAUCAGUUCCAUGAUGUUCCUUCCCCCAUCAGCUGAACAUUCCUUUCUCUCUACGUGUUAGUAAGUUAGAAUGGUUUGGUUUAUUCUACUAUGUUAAAGGCACACACGCUAUUGUUAGUUUAAGAUUUAAGGUUACAGUACCGCUGCCAUAUGAGAAAAGGUGUUUGGGAAGUGCAUUGAAAUAAUCAGUUUUGGUUGUAGUGUUGUCUGCAUGAGAACGUAAUGCUGGGUAUUCCUAGUGCAGGCCCCACAACUAAUUCUAGGUGCUGAUUACUGCACAUCAGGAAAAACCUGAGCAAACUGGCCAUUGCAAAGUAUUGAAGGAUAUCUGGAUAUUCAGGUUUUGAGAGCUGGAAAUCAAUGCCACACUUAAGGUUUUUAAAUGGUUUACUCUUUUUUGGUUGGUAUUUACACUCUAAAUAUGACAUAAAAUAUAUUAUUUUGGUAUAGAUCAAAGGUACUGAAUUUCUUCCUGAUUUGUAUAUUUGUAUGUGUCAGACUUGUGUUGGGUUUUGUCUUUCAUAGAGGCUAAGCCACUUCUUACAGCAUUAAUGUCAUAGUUGAUAUUUGCUUUUGUAGAGCAUCAUCCAUUUUAAAUAAUGUGUUCUUUUUAGAACAAGCAAGUAGUUUUGUGAAAGUAUGGUUGAAAAACUAAAAUAACCCAGUGUGAAAUGAAACAACAUACUUAAACCCACAUGUGAUCUGGUGAUUUAAUCCACAGCUCUGUGGGCUUGUCAGCCUUGCACUGAGCAACCUGAAAUCCUUGCAAUCAAUGAGAACAAUGAGAGCUUGUUAGAGAUCUUGGAUGUUGGAUAUAUUACUUCUAGUUGAGUGCAAUCUCCCUGUAUGGCAUAGAGUUGAGAUAGUAGUGGCACCUGAAUUUCUCCAAGUGGUUGGGUAAAAAGCUUUUCUGGAGAAAAUAUUUUUGUUUUCAUUUGUUUAAGAAAAGAAAUUAAGUCAGAAAUAUUCUUUUUCUGGGGAAAACACACAAUUUAUAGAGGGCCCACACUCAAAAAAAGUCCUGCUGUGCUAAAGUCAGUGUUAACUUUGAGUGCUGUGCUGCUGCUAUUUACAUUUCGUGCAAAUCUUGCAACAUCAAGACUGAGGACGUUUAGAUACAAACAUGAGUCAACUGGGGCAAAGAGGUCAGUGUUUCUGUUGGGAUAAGGUUGUAAACUUGAAUCAGUGCAAGAGCAGUAAACGAGUUGAAAAGUAACAUAAAAUCGGGUCAUACACUGUAAUUUCAGUGACUUUUGUUAGUGUGACAAGGUAGACAGCCAUUGUCACAGCAAGGAGCUGUGGUUAGGUCAGGGCAGCAUCAGUGUUUCACAUACAGAGAGUUGAGGCAGGAAGAGGAGUUCUUGGUGGAAUUUGGGUGACAGCUUUCAUUAGUGCUGACUUCAAGAUAGAACCAGGCUUAGUAUGGGGCAGGGGAGACCUAAGUUUUAGUCAAAACACAUUUGUGAGCAACUGCAAGCAAACAAGUCAUCUUCUUUCUUUACUGUAGUUGAAUUUAACCCAAUUAAUUAUCUUUACUGAGGAAAGCAUGUUGAACAUUUUCCCUCUGGCACUGCAAGCUUCAGUCUUUCAGCCUCUUCCAGGAAGGAGGUGCAGCCUUUUCCAUAAUCCUUCUGAUCUGUAACAUUUCAUAAAGUAGCAGGGCUUUUUAUGCACUUAAUCAUUUGUUCUUUGUUGGACUUGUGCCUGAUGUGUCCAUCAGAAAAUCAAAAGAGGUAUAGUACGUUUCCCCCACUCACUGAAAGACAAAAAAGCCACAAGAAUCUGUAAUAAGACUUUGACUGACUGGACCAACACCGUGAAGUAAAGGUUUGUGAAUGAACACUGCAAGCUAAGUCUUCCUGACUGAUUUGAAUGAGGUUUCCCCUGCUUAUGGCAGAGUGAAUUUGUCCCUUUUUUGAGUGCAGCUGGUCUUUCCCUUGUGUCUAUCUUGCUUUUUCUGUGCUGUUGCAAAUGCUCUGAAUUUUCAACACGCUGUUCUGGAGGAAAUUAGUUACAUGAAUACAGGGUUAUUCCCUCUGUCAUUCACUCCCUUUCUCUAAUCCUAUUAUUAUUUUUAAGGUAAAUGUUUCAGUAUUUUUCACUGCAAUGUAAGCUCAACUUUUGUCUCAGACAAAAGGAUAAGAACCUUGUUUGUACAACCAAGUAGGACAAUAAGCUUUCUGUUCCAGUACAAAAUGGCAAAGUCGUGGCCUUCAGAGACCUUAAGGGUUCUAGUGGGAAGGCACAGGAACGAUGAGACAAAGUCUUGAAACUGGGGGCUUGUGCUGAGCUUUCCCCCUGACUCACGUAUCUCAUACCUUCUGCUAUCAGUGAGGGAGCACAUGUGGUAACACCUCUCAUGAGAGCUCAUUCUGCACUGAGAUUUGUAUGCUUAAUACGGGAAGAGGAAUAGUUUUUUCUCUGCUCUUGACCAAGAGUCUAUCUUUUCUCCCUUUUUAAUGAUCUUGAUCUCACUCUGUUGAAAUUUAGCAAAGCUUCCAAAAUAGUCCUGGGAAGUCAGAGUUCAGAAUACUUACAGUUUUCCUAAAUGCUUUUCUUCAUUUCAGAGUGAUGAGUUUUGGUUUCAGUGGUCUGCAGUGAUCAUUUAGAGAGGUGUAAUUUGUGCUCCUAUAACUUAUACAGUCAUAGUUAACAUUUAUCAUUUUGUCUCAAGAUAUAAGCUGGGGGGAAAACCUAACCCUAAAGCAAAAACCCCCUUUCUUUCUCUACCAAGAGCUACUUUAUUUUUAAAAUGGAAUGGAGGAGCUGUAAAAAGUACACAUUCUUUUCUUACAUUGAAAAACAUUGAGGAGUUUAAUACAGACACAGACAUAAUGCAACUGACUCACCUCCUUAACGUCCUGUUGAACUAAUAUAGGAUCAAGAGUUGCUCAGGAUGGUAUUUUCACCUAAAUUAUCUGCCUCUUUUCAAUUAGCUUUUAUUAUUUUAAUGGUGGUUCCUCCCACCCUCACACUGAGCUUUGGCUGGACUCACAUAAUUGCCUAUAUUUUAUGUAAAUGGAAUUGUUACACCGUAAAAUGAUAUACAAAUGUGUCUGCCACACAGAGUCCAGUAAAUGGUGUGAAUAAACCCAUUAUUUUCAAUGUAACAGCAUCUGAUAGCAGCCUGGGAAACACUGGGCUGACAGAUGUGAGCCCAUGACAAGGCCUGCAAAAAAACCUGAAUGAGGAGCACUCUGACAGACCAGCAUUAAUUGACUUUUGAAAUAACUCCUUUUUUUUCACAGUUCUACUUGGCUGAGCGAGAUUCACAAAUUGCUGUCUUGAACUUCUUAAUGGCACAAAAUAGCUGCCAAUGAAAGCCUAAAUGACAUGGACGUUGAAUAGGAGUUAUACAACGACCACACCAUGACAUGUUUUUAACUGACAUAUUAUUUGAGAAGUUGCAGCUACUCAACUGGGAGGCAGUCAGGAAGGGGGAAGAGGUGGGAAGGAGUUUGAGAACUGGGUAUAGAAACAGCAUCUGUUAAACUCUAGACAAAUAUGGGUUUAAGUUAGGAAGAGAAACAAGUCUUAGGAAACAUCCUGAUAAACAUUUUCACAUGCAUUCCUAGAGAGUAUAAUUUGGAGUCCAGGUCUGUUGUUCCUUCUGCUGUGAAAAUCAAGCAGAAAUUACAUUAGCAAGUAAGAAAACAGACCCUGUGUGAGCGAUGAGCAUUGCUGACCUCUCUGGGUUUCAGGACCUGCUCAAGACCCAGGCUGUAGUCACAGUCAGGUUUAUGCAGACUCAAAAUACUUGUUUGUCUUUCUUCAGAAACUGAGGCCAAAUGCUGGCAGAUCUAAUUGACCUCUUAGACAGGUAGUUAGUAAAGAUGAGGACUAUUUUUUCUUCCCCUAGUUUUUGUGCUGCCUGCCAUGCUGAUCAAACAAUACUGUUGCCUGACUCUGGGAACUCCAGAGUUACACCACAGCCUAAGCAGCUCUCUCUUCCCCAGUUCUCAUACAAGUCAGUGAGUUAUGCAGUAAAACCCCUGUUAUUUGUACACUGUGGCAUCUUUAUUUCUGCCUUCCUUACUGCUUUCUUCAGUUCUCAGCACAGAACGAAACAUUUAGAGUUAGGGUUUACUAUGAGUAUUUAUUGAAUUCAGAGUACAACUAUUAAUUCACGUUAGAGCUAAAAAGAUCAACAGCUUCUACAACAGUUACAGGCACAGUCAUAGAACAGAUGGCAUAAACUCUGUCUGUGGCCCUCAUAAGGAUGUCUAGCUGACACAUCUACGUGAACUAACAUAUAGUAUACUUACUGAAGUAUAUGUGUAUAUAUGAAGUACAUAGCUGAUAUAUCAGUACAAUCAACAGGUCUAUAAUUGCAUAAGCAUUUAUUUUUCUAUACUGCAGUACAUCACUGUUGUGUCUCAUUGAAGAAAAGAUUAAAUUUAAACAGAUCACUGUA